UAAAAAAAAAAAAAAAAAAUAAUAAUAAUAUAAAAUAUUCUGUGCGAGGGCCACAGCAUUUCAGCUUAACAAUAAAUAAUAUACAAUUUAAGUUUAUAUAUGAUUUGCCUCCUUUCAUCACAGCUGGUAUCAAGAUCUUUGCCCUCAUUUUCGCGCAGUGCAUUCGCAUUGGCCCAGUUUUCGGUUUUGCAUUAUUUCAUUUUCCGAUGCAACACAUUUGGCCACAUGGCCACGCACGUGCCUGACCCCCAGGUGCAACAGGUUGUGGUCAACAGCAACUGCUGGCCAUAGAUAUAAAAGCAGCCGUCAGUCGGCAUCGACGGGCAUCAGAAGUGCAUUAGCCAAAUGGAACGAACAACUUUGUGGAUAGUUCUGCUCAUCGGCCUGCAUGUGGCAGCGGCUAAGCCGGCGGGCUAUCCGAGUGCGCGUCCACCUGCAACUUAUGUGCCGGCCAAGCCGCCAGCACCGAAGCCCAAGCCGAAGCCACCGACCCCGAAGCCAACAUACGGAGCACCACCGAAGAAGCCCCCACCAGCACCACCACGCGACAGCUACGGUCCGCCGCCCAGUAAUCCUAAUCAGAAUUAUUUGCCACCUUCGAAUGGAGGCAAUGGCGAUGGUGCCGGUGGCGGCGGAGGAGGUGAAAUUAUACCCAUUAUCAAGCUGGAAUCGAAAGUGAAUACCGAUGGCUCCUAUAUGUACGAAUAUGAAACGGGCAAUGGCAUCAAGGCCGAGGAGAUGGGCUACCUGAAGAAUCCUGGCGUCGAAGGUGCUGAGGCACAGGUGGCCGAGGGCUCCUUCUCCUACAGCAGUCCGGAGGGGGAGAGCAUCUCGCUGACCUACAUAGCCGACGAGAAUGGCUUUCAGCCGCAGGGCGAUCAUCUGCCCACACCGCCGCCCAUACCCAUCGAGAUACAGGAGGCACUCGAUAAGCUGGCCGCCAGUGGAGGCUGUCACGAUUGCGACGACGACGGCGGCGACGCAGCCCCUGGCGGCUAUGUCUAUCGAAAGUAAUUAAAUUGAGAAAACUGAACAAUAAACACGGACUCGAGCCACAACCGAAUAGCAACAGCAACAACAACUGGUCUUGGCCCACUUAUUUAAAACAAGCAAACACCAACUCGAAAUUGGCUCGCGCCAGGUGUGCCUGCCUCUGCCUCUGCCUCUGUC